AUGUUACAUUUUAUUCGACAUCGUGCUCUACUCAUGUGUACGUUAUCAGAAUUGAAAAUUGAAGAAGAUUAUUGGAAACAUGUUGCCGAUGUAGCAAUGCCUACUGUCAGAUGGUUAUCUCAAACAUUUAAAGAUAUAAUGAAACGAAAUUUCAUUAAUUGGGAUUAUCCUCGAACGGAACACAACAUAAGACAUCGACAAAGACUGAUUGAUAAUAAAUUAUAA